GGGAAACUUGUACUAGCAAGAAAUGGGGAUGAAGAAAGGUGUACGAGCAAGGGGAUAACUCAGCCUUCAAGUGCGUGCCUUCAAUUUAAUUCUGCAUUGAAGGGGGGAGAGAGAGGAGAGAGGACGGUGAAGAAGAGGGAGUCACGACAAAUUCUCAGAUAGGGAGACUGUGUUACAAUACAAAAUUCAGAGGGGUUUUAAUCUUUUCUAAGGGGGAAAAAAAAAGGGAAAAAAAAAGGAGGAGAGUUACAGUGUUGUUGUCGUUGUUUUGAUGGAAGGAAAAAGCAGGGAGUGAGUGAUUGGGUUUCAUGCACACGCCACUUCUCUUUAAAACCCACACCAAACACUCCCUUUUUCCUUCAGAGCUUUUUUUCUUCCCCUAUCUCUUUCUUUUUCUUGUUUCUUUGUUUCUGAGAGGGAGAAAGGUGGGGUGAAAUGAGAAAAACCCGUUAAAGUUUGGUGGUGGGUUUUUCAUGGGGAGUGGAGAAGGAACAGUCCACACUGGUUGUGGGUUGAAGCAGCGGUGGAGUUCUGUUUUUCCUGUCAAUGGCGAGGUUGGGCUUCACCUUUGAUGCUGAUCGUGUGGUUUGCAUGCGGGUUAUGGUGAUGAUGAUGGAUGGUGCCAAUUGAUUUUGUUUUGUUCUUUCUGAGUGAAGAAAAGGCAAGAAAAAGAGGGAAAAAUCCAGGAUUCUUUUUGUUUUCUUUUGUGUAUGUUCUUUUGGAGGUUUCAGGGAUGGAAGCUACAGAGAUUUAGCAGUGCUUUUGAUUUCCAUUUCCUGGUUAGAGUGAAAACAUCGAGCUUUUUUAUUAUCUAGCAAUUCAUGACUGUUUCUGGGUGAACUUUGUGGCCAUUUUAUAUAUUAUUUUUGCUGAGAAUUAUUGGAUUCGAGGUAGUUAUGCUGAGGAAUAGAUCAAGAGCAGUGGCGAGCAAGCAAGCGAUAAUGGGCGAUCACAGUUCUCUGCCAUCUCCCACUGAAAAUCUCACAAAACCCAUUUCAUUUCUUCUCGGUUCUCCGAAAAUUUUCAGAGGGUUCAUAUCAAAGUGCUUGCCCGAAGCUGAAGAGAUCAUAAGUCCAACUUCGAUUUUUGAUACUAAACCCUUUUCUGGAAACCCAUUUGAGUACGAGAAAACCCAGGCUUCUCCUGGAACUUUCUCAGAAACCAAACGCUCCUGGGAAAAAUUGGAUUCAAUAGGCAUUGGUGUUGCUCUUAUUGAUUCUGACCCAAUCAAUGGAGAGGGCGCAAAUGAGAAUUUCUCUAAGCCCAGUAGCAGAAUGGUUCUGUUUGGAUCACAGCUUAAGGUUCAAAUUCCUCAUCUUCAACCAUCCGCGCUUUCUCCGGCGGAAUCGCCAAAAUCUCCGGCUGACUUUGGGAUCAAGACCCGAAAUUCUCAACUGGCUUCCUUAUCCCCAUUUGGGUCUCUGAAUUCCGGCAUCCAAACAAAAGAUUCUCCUCGGAUUUUCACUGGAAUGGAGCUUUCUGAGGAGUACACAUGUGUGAUCUCCCAUGGGCCUAACCCAAGAACAACUCAUAUAUUUGAUAACUGCAUUGUGGAGAGCUGCUGUGGUGUGUCUGCAUUGAGCCAAAACAACUACUGUACUUUCCAGGAAAAUCCCAACUCUCCUCCUGAGAAUUUUCUCAGCUGCUGUCAUACCUGCAAGAAGAACCUUAGCCAGGAAAGAGACAUUUACAUUUACAGAGGUGAGAAAGCGUUCUGCAGUCACGAAUGCCGCUGCCAAGAAAUGCUGUUUGAUGAAGAAGAGGAUUUGGAAUUCUAGGACGACUCCUUGAUCCCCCAUGGUCUGUCUUUCCUAGUCCCAUACUCCAAAAGAAAUCCCAGCAGCUUGAGAAGGAUAAUCUGUAAAUUUUCACCAAAUUUUCCAAUCUUGAAGAUGAUCGAUGGAGAUUGCGACAUCAAUGUGUUUUCCUUUUCUCUGAAUAAAAUUGUCCUUCUGGGUGCCCUCUCUCCUGCACACACACAUACAAGAAGAGCUGCUGAGAUUAUUGUAGAGAUGAUUUUGAUAAGGAGUUGACCAAUUUGAUUACUUAUGGCGGAUGAUGUAUGAUCGAAAACUUCCAUCAUCUUUGUUCAAUUAAUUAUCAAGCAUGGGACCAAUGGCAUCUUGAUUGUAGAUUCUGAAUCCUUCCUCCUCCCUUACUGAAUGGUUUCUUCUCUCCGUUUUCAUUA